AUGGAAUCAGGAAAUGAUACACAAAUUUCAGAAUUUCUUCUUCUGGGAUUUUCAGAGGAACCAGAACUGCAGCCCCUCAUAUUUGGGCUUUUCCUCUUCAUGUACUUGAUCACUGUAUUUGGAAACCUGCUCAUCUUCCUGGCUGUGAGUUCAGAUCCCCAACUCCACACCCCCAUGUACUUCUUCCUCUCCAACCUGUCCUUUGUAGACAUCUGCUUCACCUCCACCACCAUCCCAAAGAUGCUGUGGAACAUCCAGAGGCAAAGCAAACAUAUAAGUUAUGCAGGUUGUAUUAGCCAGAUACACUUUUUCCUACUCUUCGCAGGGCUGGAUAACUUUCUCUUGACUGUGAUGGCCUAUGACCGCUACCUGGCCAUAUGUUACCCUCUGCACUACACAGUCAUGAUGAACCCCUGGCACUGUGGACUGCUGGUUCUGGUGUCCUGGGCGAUGAGUGCUCUGAAUUCCCUGUUACAAAGCUUAAUGAUGCUGCGGUUGUCCUUCUGCACAGGAUUGGAAAUCCCUCACUUUUUCUGUGAACUCAAUCAGGUUGUCCGAUGUGCCUGUUCUGACACCUUUCUUAAUGACAUAGUAAUAUAUUUUGCAGCUGCAAUCCUGGGUGGUGGUGCAUUCACUGGAAUCAUUUAUUCAUACUCUAAGAUAAUCUCCUGCAUAAGAAGGAUUUCAUCAACUCAGGGGAAAUAUAAAGCAUUCUCCACCUGUGCAUCUCACCUCUCGGUUGUUGCCUUAUUUUAUUGUACAGUCUUAUCUGUGUACCUUAGCCCUGCUUCUACCCACAGCUCACAGUCAAAUAUAACAGCUUCAGUGAUGUAUACAGUGGUCACACCCAUGCUGAACCCUUUCAUCUACAGUCUGCGGAAUAAAGACAUAAAGGGGGCUCUGAAAAGACUCUUUGUGAUGCUGAGUCCCAAAAAAAGCCAUUUAUACAGGAUUUGA